CACAAACGACGUAAGAUGUCAAAAUCGCAACAUGUCUGCAGACAUAAACAAAAUUACCCACAUUAACGCCUUCAAACCGCCAUGCCAACGCGACUGCACCGAAGAAAAAUGCCCCAAAUCCAUCCUCAAAGAAAACCAAUGCUUAAUAAACCAAGCAGCAUCUCACACCAAGAUUUUCACCAGCAAAAACAUCACCAUCUACGUGGAAGAGGACCGGCUCGACGAAGACGACUUCAUUAUAGUCGAGCGGAAGCUGAACAAGGACUGCUGCAGGAGCGCCCUCAAAGACCCCGCUUCGUUCGAAUCGGUCCUGGCGAAAGGUAGAAUUCGCAGCCAGAAAGACCACGUGGUGACGUUCAAUUGCGAGGCGGAAUCGGCGAGGAAAUCGUCGCCGACGAGCAGCGAUUCGCCCAGUGACGAUUCCGACGAGCCUUCCGGCGACGCGCCUUCUUCGACGGGCUGCGCGCACCCAUCGGAGAUCUGGAAAACCACCUUAGCGGCGCUGAUACUCUGCCUGACAUUGUUCCUGAACCUCAUCGCGUUGAGCAUGGUGCACGAUAAGGUGCCGAGCAGAUCGGACGGGCCUCUGCCGGACAUCGUGCUGAGCACCGUGCUGGUGUUCAAGCCGGGGCUCUUCAUCUCGGAGUAUAUAAUAAUGUUCAUGAUAUUCACGUCGUUGACCUCUAUAUUGUUGUUUCAUAGAUAUAGCAGUAUUAUAUUUAGGCGGAUAUUUCUUAUGAUGUCCGUUUUGUACCUGUACAGGACUAUUACGAUGUCGGCGACGAUUCUACCGACGGCUUCGAAGAAGUACAUGUGCGCUCCCAAGCUGGCCCAUCCGAAUAUCAACCAGAUAUUGAGGAGAUCGAUUUCGUUGAUACCGAAUUUCGGUUUGUCGGUGAUCGGACCGCAGGAAUUCUGUGGAGAUCUCAUCUACAGCGGUCACACUGUUCUAUUAGUAUUACUAGCCCUGCUGAUGUCCGAGUACACUUCCAAAAACUUGUGGAUUGUGCACUGGCUGUACAGGAGUUUAGCUUUCGCGGGUAUUCUAAUGCUGGAACUGGCCCACGCUCAUUACUUCAUAGACGUAAUUAUAGCUUACUACAUGACGACCAGGGUGUUUUGGACGUAUCACACCAUCGCCAAUAACGAAGAACUGAAAACCGCGGGAGAAACGAACUUUUACAGUAGGGCGUGGUGGUUCCAGAUAUUCGUAUUUUUCGAGAAAAAUAUACACGGGCCCGUGCCCAAUGAGUUUCAGUUUCUAUUCAACGGCGACGAAGACGAUGUCGGAGCGAACUUCGCCAAAUACGAUUCGAUUUGACUGUGUGUAACUUAUUAAUCGAUUAGUCAAUUAAACGGUAAUAACAC